AGGUGACAAUGCCUGACGGCGAGGCUCUGUGGUAAUCACUGUGAACUUUAUAGGCCGGUCCAGAGUGCAUAUUGCAUUUGAAGUAUACUGUACUGAAUCCGAAGUUUAACUAACUUCACUUAAGUUCACUAUCACUAGUGUUAUCUGCCGUGCCACGGUGUGAUAUCCGCUAUCAAGGAAAUCUAUCUAUAAUCCAAAAAAAUCCAAAUAACAGUAAUAUUAUUUAAGAUACACACAAGUUAUUAUUCCUUGACAUUAUGAGAUACUAAGUAAAUCGUAUGCAUCAGCCAUCAAGUUUGCCAAAGGAACAGUGCCCAGUAACGAGACAAUAACGAAGGAGAGACCAUUCUUUUUCAUCGUCUGUAGAAAAUCUGCUAGAACAAGAGAAUAGCAUCACUGAACAUGUACGCGAAGGAGAAGACGGUUCCCUUCAAAUCCACUGCCUCUCUCAUGCCUAAUAAUUUGAGUCGAGUCCGAAUGGAUGGCAAGAUCUACGCAGGAGUGAUACAUAAACAGGAACUGAACGUGGUAUGCACUGCUAACACUGGAGAGGAGCCGAGAGUUGUGGUAGCCAGGAUGGCCUCCUCAGCCCCUGCAGGCGUCACUAUAAUGCAGGCUGCGUGGACGGAUGUUCACGGGCGUGCCUUCUUGGUCUUAGCCACUACAAAGGGCAUCUUGGUAUAUGACUGGGAUGGUUCAGUGCUCCGCCACGCCCAUCUCCUGCCGAUGCCACCUCCAGACUCGCCUUUUUCCUUUACUAAAGGCAUUGCUGCUCUCUACACGGGAUACAUCUGUGUCGGAAUGCACACAGGAGAGGUGGUGAUGCUCCGCGUUUCCAAGAAUGGAAAUGUUAAUGGGACAGAAAUAGUGCGAUGGCACUCGCGCCCCAUUACCGCGUUGGCCUCGCAUGGCAAGAUGCUCGUCAGUGGAGAUGAUGAGGGAAACCUUGUGGUGGCCCAGGAAGAAGGCACGCUCUCCAAGACUUGUUCCAUCGACAUUUGCGAAUCUCCAGUGACGUGUUUGGCUGUCUGGAGUGGACAGGUGCUGGCUGGAUUUCUGUCUGGUCACCUCAAAAUCUUCAACAUGCUGAAUGGGAGAAUCCUUGCAGAGGUGUGUGCCCAUGCUCGUUGUAUCACCGGCCUGGACGUGGCUCGUGACUCUGGCAUGGUGGUGACUGCUGGUGAGGACUCUUUCAUGCGAGUGUGGCAGCUCCAUCCGUCGCGUCCUGACCAUCCAAUAGAGCAUGUGCAUUCAGCUGUAGAGGAGAAUGCCGCCCUAUGUGGUGUAGCCUUUACAGAUGACCUCGGCUCAGGAUACAUAGUGGCCAGCUAUGAUUCCAAGGAACUUAUUUGCUACGCCACCUGAACUGUAAUUAGACAUUUCUACUUCCACCUUUGUCACGAGUUACUGUAAUAGCUGUAUAUGCUUAUGGCACAUGCUUCUGUGCCACAGUCAAUUAGUGUUCAUUUACAUAACUUGGUAAAUGAUUGUGAUCACAUAAAAAGAUUAGUAUGUGUUUUACACUCGUCUACUUUUUGGUUAGUGCAUUUUAUAGAUAGUCUCUCUCUCUCUCUCUCUCUCUCUCUCUCUCUCUCUCUCUCUCUCUAACACACA